AUGCGGAGUCUCAAAAGAAGCUCCAGGCGGUCGCCGGUGUUCCACUGCUUACGAGUGAAUGCAUCUCUGUAUCAGCAUUCAAACCCGAGUUCUCUUAAAGAUUUAUUAGGAAAGUGUGAUUCGGCUUUCGGCACUGUAACACAUGGCCUAUUAACACAGCGCCUAAGGCUCCAAAAAUGUCUGAAAAAAGUAGCAGAGCAGCAUCCAGAGGCAACGGGGAGCCUGAUGAAGAUAUUGGCGGCAGAUACUGAACUUCGUACUAUAUCCGAUGAUUUACUCCAGUAUACUUGCGGCAAACGGGCGGAAAUCAUUGAAUCUCGACGAAAAUUAUAUGAACCAAAAAGCAGCUAUUACCGAUCAGUCCUUAGCGAAAUCCCACCAUCGGAGACUCAUCUGUGGGAUGAAGAAAAACUCCAACAGGCAUUUAAAACGCAUGUCAAUAAUAUUAAAGACUUGACACUACCGGGAGAUUGUAAACUAAUAUCCCUAGAUGUGGACAGCCUAUUUACCAAUGUCCCAGUUAACGAAACCCUAAACAUCCUAACCAAAUUAUUAGAAAAUAAUCAUAUAAAUGCCAACGAAAUAACAGAGUUAAUAGAGUUAACCAAAAUAUGCAUGAAACAAAAUUACUUUAAAUUCAAUGACCAAUUCUAUCAACAAAAAGAGGGAUUAGCUAUGGGCUCACCACUAAGUCCUCUAAUGGCUGAUAUCUUCAUGGAUGAUUUUGAAAAUAAACAUAUUGUCAAAAAUAAUAAUAUUCUAUAUUACUACAGAUAUGUAGAUGAUAUAAUUAUAUGUUGGACGGGGACAGACGAACAAUUGGACACAUUUGUCAAAAACCUAAACAAAAUACACCCGAAAAUUAAAUUCAAAUCAGAAUUAGAACUAGAUAACUCUAUAAGUUUCCUUGAUCUAACUAUAACUCGUGCUAACAAUAAACACCAAUUUGGAAUUUUCCGGAAACCCACAUACACUGACACAACCAUACCCGCUUCAUCCUGUCACCCUUGGCAACAUAAACUCGCAGCAUUCCAUAGUUAUGUUCAUAGGUUGCUGUCUAUUCCACUUGAGAAAGAAAACUAUUUAAAAGAAUUAAAAAUUAUUUACCACAUGGCUCAGGCAAAUGGGUACAACAUUAAUAUUGUUAAUAAUAUAAUAAAAAAACAACAACUACGACGGAUCAAAAAGGAUUUAUAUUCAUCGCCAUCAGAUAAAAUAAACAAAUACAAAUCCAGUCUAACCUAUUUUGGAACAGUGUCCGAGCGUAUAGCUAAGACACUUAAAGCACAUGAUAUACAUGUUGCAUUUAGGACUAAUAAUACACUUAAAAAUAUUUGCAACGGUAAAGAUAAAUUAAACAACAAACAAAAAUCCGGCAUUUAUAAACUCGAAUGCUCAGACUGCAAAGCCACAUAUGUCGGUCAAACGGGUCGUAAAUUUGAAACACGUUACAAAGAACAUUUAGCCGCGGUUAGGAACAACCAACCCCAAAAAUCACAUUUUGCUAAACAUCUCCUAGAUAGUGGACACAAAUUAUCAUCCGACCAUUCAUAUAAAAUCCUACACACUUGCGAUAAAGGUCUUCGAUUGAGCAUGUUCGAACAAUUAGAAAUAAUAAAACAUAAUAAUAAUAAUCAAUUUAAAUUACUCAAUGAACAAGUUAAUGUUUCAAAUUCACCGUUGCUUCGUUUCUUUGGAAGGGGUAGACUGGAGGGGGGCGGGGGUAGUACAGGGGAUGUAACGACCUUUCAUACACUGAACUUCUCCCAGUUCGAUUGGUUGGAAAUUGAAGAUUUUGAAAUGCAGCUGAUUGAUUUCCAAUCUAGUUUAAUUUGGAUACAAAAAUUCAUAGACAUGAGAAAAGAAUUAGAGUUAAUUGAAACAGAAAGAUUGACCAGUAAUAUAAGUAAAGAUGCCAAUAAUAAUAUUUUAGAAACCUGGAAUGCGUUGCCAGAAACAUUUAAUUGUUCAAAGAAGCUGGCUCACGCUAUUCUAACUGUAUUUUCAUCAACAUAUGCCUGCGAGUCAUUGUUUUCAGAGAUGAAUAACAUCAAAGACUCUGUUAGAAAUAGACUGACUGAUGAAUCAAGUUCAGCAUGCAUUCUGCUAAAAGUAACAUCGUACAACCCCAAUAUAAGUCAAUUAUCGUCCAAUCUGCAACAACAGAAGUCGCACUAA